GCCCCUUUAGAAUCUUGCAAGACUGGUUCGCCGCUGCCUGAAUCGCAGCUGAGAGGUGGUGGGCGUGGCUUGUCCCGGCGCGCCCCGCCCCCUUUGGAACCUUGCAACCUUGCCUUCGGCGCUGCUCCAUCCUGCGUUGCUCCCAAUUGGAGGGGAGCCAUUAAUCCGGUUUCCCUUCCUCCGGGAGGCAAAGAGAGGCUUGGAACAGAGGGUAUACACUCGUUUUCUUCGUCCUCCUAGCUUGAAGGAUUUUGGAAUACAGACCUUGGGAUUUAUAGUGCACCCAAGUCCCGCUCCAUGGCCUUAAUGGAAAGCAGAGCCGGAGGUUGCUGCAGCUGAUAAGAGGGGAUCCAUGCCUCUGCAGGGAGGGGUCCACGCCGAACCCCCGGAUGGCGGCUGGGGUUGGAUGAUCGUCCUGGCGGCUUUCCUGCAAUCUGCUUUAGUCUUCGGCGUGAUCCGCUCCUUCGGGGUCUUCUUCGUGGAGUUUGUGACCUACUUCGGGGAGCUGUCGGGGCGCAUCUCCUGGAUCACGUCCAUCGGGAUCGCCGUGCAACAGUUUGCAAGUCCGGUGGGCAGCGCCUUGAGCUCUCGCUAUGGGGCACGCCCGGUUAUUUUGGCCGGCGGGUUUUUCUCUGGCUUGGGCUUCCUCUUGGCCUCCUUUGCCACCUGCCUGGCUCACCUGUACCUCUCCAUCGGACUCCUCUCAGGUUUCGGCUGGGCCUUGGUCUUCACGCCCUCCUUGGCCUCGGUGUCCCGCUACUUCAAGAAGCGCCGGACGCUGGCCACCAGCAUGGCCCUGACUGGUGUGGGCCUCUCCUCCUUCGCCUUCUCCCCACUCUUCCAACUCCUGGUGGACACCUACGCCUGGCGAGGGGCCCUCAUGAUCGUGGCCGGCAUGUCCUUCAACCUGAUGGUGUGCGGGGCCCUCAUCCGGCCCUUGACCUUAAAGGAGGACCUCUCGUGCCCCUUGAGCGGAGAUCCCGAUAAGCCUUGUUGGCAGAGGUUCUCCACGCUCUUCGGCCUCCACCUCCUCUCCCAUUGGCCCUUCAUGCGCUAUGUCUUUGCCAUCACCCUCAUCAACACUGGAUACUUCAUCCCCUACAUCCACUUGGUGGCCCGGGCCAGGGAGCUGGGCUUCGAUGAAUACCAGGCCGCCUUCUUGAUGUCCAUGGCAGCCGUGGCCGACUUGUGUGGACGCCUCUUCUCCGGAUGGCUGGGCAACUGCAGGGCCUUCCGGCUGAUCCACAUCUUGGUGACCUGGACUUCUUUGACGGGCGUCUCCUUGCUGCUGAUUCCCUGGGGACGCACCUACCAGGUUCUGGUGACCAUCAGCCUUGCCUAUGGGUUUUUCUCCGGCGCCCUCACACCUGUGGUCUUCUCCAUUAUCCCGGAGAUCGUGGGCAUCGGGAACAUCUUCAGCUCAAUGGGGCUCCUGCAAAUGAUUGAGAGCAUCGGAGGCCUGCUGGGGUCCCCCCUUUCAGGUUUCCUGAGGGACGUAACAGGCGACUACACGGCUUCAUUCUUGGUCGCCGGGUCGUUCAUCUUGACCGGCAGCUUGGUCCUGUUCUCGGUGCCCAACUUCUUCACCUGCUUGGCUCCACUGGCGUUGCAAGAACCUGGUGCCAAAGCGGAGGCAGGUGAAGGCACUGCCUUGGCCCCGGGGGAUCCUGUCCCCACGGUGCCCAUCUCCCCUGAAAACUGCCACCUCUACAAAGCUAUGUCCGAGAAGGAGGUUGUCUCCUGAUCGUUGGCAGAUAGAUACCCAAUGAGAAAGAAAGCACCCAAGUUCAGAUAUUGUCUGCGUGUUUGUUUACGUCUUUAAUCAACCAAGGAUCGAGAAAGAUCAUGUGUUGCAAAUGCUGGUUUGGAACUAUGUCGAGUCUGUGCCUUAUCCGCUGUUCCGUCUUUCCUCUCAGCCACCCAAAAUGGUUGCAGAAAGAUAGAGAAAAGUGUGACCCUUCCUUCUAAAAAUGAUGGCACUACAGCUCCCAUCAUCCCUAACCAGCAGAGCCAGUGGUGGGGGAUGAUAGGUGCAGCAGUCCAGCGAUGACCAGAUCUCUGUUUACUCCCCUCGUCUUUCAUAAAGUGUUUAUUUCCCAAAGGACUUGGCUCCUGGUUAUUUAGCAAAACAAACCACGUUUUGUUUGGGGAAGAACUGUGAAAAUCCUUUUUCUAGUUGUCGCGCUUUAUUACCUGUUGCCCAACCAAAGCUUGGGAAGUGUCCCCCUUUUUGGACUUCAGUUCCCAGCAUCCUUUUAUAAACAUAAAGGCUGAAAGAUCCUGGAAACAGGUAUCAAAAGAGACCUUUUUCCCAAGCUCCUCUUUGACUAUGAGUGUCAGAGGUAUUGAUUCCUCUUUUCCUGCUCAGCAAUAGGGAUAGGAGUCAUGCCGAAUGUGGACUGCAACUCCCAGCAUCCAGCAAUAGAGAAUUCAUGAAUUCAUUCCUGAUUUGCGGGUACCAUAUUGGCCAAAAUUGAGUUGUUUUACAGAUCCAUCCAUACCUAUUGUCAAGCCAGAGGCAGUUGAGGAUGGCAAAUGUUACAUUUCAAGACUGCGUAUCCCAUAAUCCCCUAUAUCCCAUCGCCAGUGUGUGUGUUUCAAUUUACCCCCAUAUAUAUGUGUUUAGGAGCCCUGCCAUGAAGCCAGAAGCAACUGAAGCUGGCAAAAGUUACAUUUUAGGACUGCGUAUCCCAUAAUCCCCUAUAUCCCAUCGCCAGUGUGUUUGUGUGUUUCAAUUUACCCCCAUAUAUAUGUGUUUAGGAGCCCUGUCAUGAAGCCAGAAGCAAUUGAAGUUGGCAAAAGUUACAUUUCAGGACUGCGUAUCCCAUAAUCCCCUAUAUCCCAUUGCCAGUGUGUGUGUGUUUCAAUUUACCCCCAUAUAUAUGUGUUUAGGAACCCUGCCUUGAAGCCAGUUGGAAUUGAAGCUGGCAAAAGUUGCAUUUCAGGACUGCAUAUCCCAUAAUCCCCUAUAUCCCAUCGCCGGUGUGUGUGUGUGUUUCAAUUUACCCCCAUAUAUAUAUGUUUAGGAGCCCUGCCAUAAAGCCAGAUGCAAUUGAAGUUGGCCAAAGUAACAUUUCAGGGCUGCAUAUCCCAUAAUUCCCUAUAUCCCAUUGCCAGUGUGUGUAUGUUUCAAUUUACCACCAUAUGUGUGUGUGUGUGUGUGUUUAGGAGCCCUGCCAUGAAGCCAGUUGCAAUUGAAGCUGGCAAAAGUUACAUUUCAGGACUGCAUAUCCCAUAAUCCCCUAUACCCAUCACUGGUGUGUGUGUGUGUUUCAAUUUACCCCCAUAUAUAUAUGUUUAGGAGCCCUGCCAUGAAGCCAGAUGCAAUUGAGGUUGGCAAAAGUUACAUUUCAGGACUGCAUAUCCCAUAAUCCCCUACAUCCCAUUGCCUCAGUGUGUGUGUGUGUUUUAAUUUACCACCAUAUGUGUGUGUGUGUGUGUAUGUGUAUGUGUAUGUAUAUGUAUAUGUAUGUUUAGGAGCCCUGCCAUGAAGCCAGAUGCAACUGAAGCUGGCAAAUGUUACAUUUCAGGACUGCGUAUCCCAUAAUCCCCUAUAUCCCAUUGCCGGUGUGUGUGUUUUAAUUUACCACCAUAUAUAUAUAUGUUUAGAAGCCCUGCCAUGAAGCCAGAUGCAACUGAAGCAUAUCCCAUAAUCCCCUAUACCCAUUACCGGUGUGUGUGUUUCAAUUUACCGCCAUACACACACACACAUAUAUAUCAGCCCUGCCAUGAAACCACAACCACAAAAAAGCUAGGAAAAGUUACAUUUGGAGGGAUACAGUGUAGCAUAUAUUCAGAUAUAGGAAACAGAUGGGAUGGGGUUGAAUUUACUGCGGGACCAUGGGCCAGGAUCCCAUAAUUGUUAUGUGUAAACAUGAAUUUAAAAACUAUAGGCACCAAAAGUUUUGAAAAGUUGUGUUUGGAGGAGAAUAGCAUACCCAAAAUUACAAUUGACCACAAUGGUUUGCGGAUUCUGGGAGCUGCAAUCCCUAAACAUAACUUUUCAAAAGUAGGCUAGCUAAAAGGGACGGUAUUACUUUUCCAUUCCCUGCAAAUAUGGGACCAAUGUUUUGAUUUUUCCACACUGACUUCACCCCCUUUUCACUGUGAAAUGCAUGGAUGGGGAUGAUGGGAGAUGGAGUCAUUUGUGAGUUUUGAGCUGCUACUCGAUUUGGUCAAAAUAAUAAUAAUUUUAAAAAAUUGCAUUUGGCAACCAUUGGUUCUUCCUUUUCAGAAGCCUCUCCGGUUUUCGUUGUUGUUGUUAUUGACAACGUCUAUUACCACGGUCGUGUCUUUUAUUUUGUAUUUAUUAAUAAUUAACUGAGUAAUUUCAGCGUUUUGUGGAAUAAAAAUUAGCAAGAGAUUAAUGAAGCCA